CCGAGACUGUUGUACUUUGCCCAUAUCAUAAGAAGACACAAACUAGGAAAGACAAUAAUGUUUGGUGAGGUAGGAGGCACUAGGAAAAGAGGAAGGCUGAAUUCCAGAUGUAGAGACUCAAUCAAGCCCUGAGUCUGCAAUGCUGUUGAUGAUAGGAGGACCUGGAAAUAUCUCAUUCAUGGGAUUACUAUAAGUUGACAUCAGCUUGAUAGCAGUUAACAACACCAUUUCACCACUACUGCCCAUUUAGGGCUUGAGUUUGGCUUGGGGAUAGUUCUGAAUAACCCUUGGUUUAUUUAUUUAAAUUGUGAAUUUUAAAUGAUGAACUGUAGUAGAUGUGGAUUGUAUGUACACAUCUUACUUGUCCAUUUAAACUGAUGCAAGUUUUAACCAAUAUGUUGUAACUGAUGUUGUUUGUUUUUUAAUUGUUGUUGUCCUCUGCCUUGAUCCAUGGGGAGAGGUGGGUAGGAACUAAUAAUAAUAAUAAUAAUAAUAAUAAUAGAUUUUCCUUCAUUUCUUUUUAUUCUAUUUUUUAUUUUCUCCUGGUGAAGCUCAGACUCAGAGGGCUGGUAGAAAGGUAGGGACAAAUGCAGUGUACUGAAAGGCACAUUAAUGGAAUAUAGUCAGAGAGAAUCCCGUGCAUAAUACUGGUGCAGAACAUCAUUCAAGAUGGGAAUGGAUGUUGAAUACCUCAAGAAGUGCAUGGGAAAGUGCUUGGUGGAGGGACUUACUGAAGUGGCAGACCGCCAGCCAGUGGAUCCAAUCAGUUUUCUGGCAUACUGGAUUUACAACUACAAAGAAAAAAUAAAUGAAGAAGAAAAGACGAAGAUAGAGAGAGCCCAGCUGGAAAGUGAAAACGAAAAUGCCCUUGUAGAAUUGGAAAGGAGAGAAAAACUGAAAGCAGAAGAACGCCUGGUUGCCCAGAAAUUUGAAGAACAGCAGAAGAAGUAAAAUAACAAGAAAUAGUCAACGUUCCUGGAGAAUCUGAAACCAGUGCAUCAAAGCAGGCAUUUGAAGAUAAGCUGAAUCAAAGUGACCGGAAUGUGAUAAAGACUGUGUUGAAUGUUAAAAAAUAAUACUGCAGAUGACGAACACUUGUGCCGUUAUUUUUAGUUUAGGUCUUAAUUAGAUCUAACAGCACAAGAUUUCUCAAUUUACUUGGAGGUAAGUUCCCCUGAGUUAAAGAGGGCUUUGACCCAACACAUUGUGCAGAGGAGUGUAAGGCUUCUUCCAAAAUGCUUCUAGAGAUGACUUUUUCGUUCACUAGCAUCCACCCUUGUUCCGAUUUCCAUUUUGGAGGCCAAACUUACAGAUGUUUUUUGACAGGCUGGGAGGAAGUUCUGAGGCAGGCUUCUCUGCUUUCCCUUUUUUUGUAUUGCUGCUCAGGCAUGUUCAGUACAGGAUUCAGGAGGCAGCUGCUGUUUACCUGUUGGUAAACAGCAGAAUCCCACUCUUUUCCCGCUGAAGAUUUGUUUGUUGCAGUUUACUGCAGACAUGUUGCUGAAUGCUGACAGCAAAAUGUUUCACAUGCAGC